ACAAAUGUAAACCAGAUGAGUUUUGUGAACACCGCAGAUCCCGAUCACCACCGGCAUAUGUGGAUGCUGCUUUCAUUUUGGAUAGCUCACGGAAAAUGAGUGGUGCCGAAUUUGAGAACAUGAAAAACUUCUUGAGCAGAGUACUUGAUAACUUUGACAUUUCCUCUGAGCCAGAGACUUCUUCCACAGGUGAUAGGGUGGCUGUGGUGAGCCAUGCUCCACCAGGUUUCAAACCCCACUUAGAGAGGAGCCCUGUAAAGAAAGAAUUUGACUUUGUCACCUACAAGAAGAGACAGUUAAUGAAAAGACAUAUCCAAGAAUCUGUUCAACAGCUGAAUGGAGCAGCUGCUCUUGGCCAUGCCAUACAGUGGACAAUUGAUAAUGUUUUCUUAACUGCACCCCACUCCAGACAACACAAGGUUAUCUUUGUUAUAUCUGCUGGAGAAACAAGUCAGUGGGACAAAGACACAUUAAAGAAGGCAUCUCUGAGAGCCAAGUGCCAAGGAUAUGCUCUGUUUGUAAUUUCAUUAGGACAUGUAUAUAACGACAUAGAAUUGGAAGAGAUGGCUAGUAUUCCCCUGGAACAACAUUUGAUUCAGCUGGGCAGAGUUCACAAGCCUGAACUUGAAUAUGUAGUGAGGUUUAUGAAACCAUUUGUGCAUCUCUUCAGGCGUGCAAGCAACAAAUAUCCACCAGUAGAGCUCAGGAGAAUUUGUACCAGAGCUCGCUCUCAGAAACCAGAAUAUGCACUAAGGGACCAACCACAUGUAGCUAUCAUAGAUGACAGUUGGUCAGGAGUUGAUGCCAUAGCUGAUGCUGAAUACGCUGUUUCUGGGCAUGCAACACUGAUGUUCCAGGAUGACGUAAGCAAUGGUCCUCUAAACACCAACGGUUUUGCCAGCAGUACACAUCAAUCCUUGGUAACUACCGACAUAAUGGAGAAUGCUACCAAAACACACGGAAGGAAAGAUAACAUGGCUUGAACCAAAGCAUUUUAAACAAUGAAAUGGUUAAAUAUGGCACUGGGCUGAAGAAACUAACUAUGCUGCAUGGUUCUGACCUAUAAAAAUUCCCGUCUCUGCCUCCUACAAUAGUUUAUUGGUGGAAAACCUGGAAGAAAUGUGGACAUGAUCUGUGAGAUACAGAAUCAUUUUAUUCCUUUAAGAAAUGGACAAGACUGUAUUUUUAAAAACUUGAAUAUCUCUAUCCCUAUGCACGUAGGGUCUGCUCCUGUAUAGUACUGAAUGUGCUCAACUCCCAUUCACUUCAGUGGAAGGUGAGGACACUUGGAAAUUAACAGGUCAGGCCCUUAAGGAACUGUCUAGUCUCCAGGUCAGUUGUGCUUUGUUGGAGUUGGCUGGCAAGAUGUGAGGCAUGAAUGUGUGUAACACUCUCCUCUUUCAAUGAGUAAACUGCAGUGCAAAUUCUUUUCAGUGAAACUUUACUUUCCAUAGUCCUUCUACAGGUGUACGUUGUAUUGUGUAAAGAUAGGAAGAAGGCUUAUUAGUCACUGCUGUGCUUUUCCAGAUAGAGUAACUAUGCAAUUGGUGACUGAAUUACUUCUUUUAGACCAAGGAGAACUCUAAAAGAACAGUGUGUCUUUAACAUGGAGCAUCUUGUCUGCCUUAAAA